ACGGCCAUUUUGAUUUUUGGCUCAGUAAAAUUAGCGCAGACUCGCGCCAUGCGGUGGAACUGACCGCACCAGAUCCACCCACCCCUUCCAUCAUUCAUUACACUAGUUGAAUCAUCAUUUUAUUAUCCUCUCCUCUGUUUACUCACAAACAAUUACAUACACCCCCAUCUGUAUCUAUCCAUGGCGGCAACAACACUGCUCAGAGCAGCCGCUCUCGCUGCUCCCCACCCUCCGAUAAAACCCACCAAUAGAAACUCUUUUGCGUGCCUCUCUUUAACGCCCAAAAGACAAAUACACCCAAAAUCUCAUUGCAGCAGCUUAAAGUUCACACCUUUACAGUUUUCUCAUAGGGUAUUGAAACGCCACCGUUUUGGUCUUGGUUCAGUGUGUUUUGCUUCUUCUGGUGAAACUACUGGGACACAAGAAGUGGAGGAGGAGGUUCAAGAGGCUCAGCUCGAGGACAACUCAGAAAGUACCGAUGUGGAAGAUGGCGAAACUGCAACUGAGGAUGAAACUACUGAUGCAGAAGAACCAGCUUCAGCCAUUUUAGCUUCACUCCAGUCUUACAAAGAGGCGGUAGCAAACAAUGAUGAGCCUAAAAUUGCAGAAAUAGAAGCUCUUUUACAAUCCAUUGAAGAUGAAAAAGUUGCUCUGGAAAGCAAAGUGGCUACUUUGUCCGCGGAAUUGUCAUAUGAGAAAGACCGAGUUCUUCGGAUUAGUGCAGAUUUUGAAAAUUUCCGGAAAAGAACAGAAAGAGAACGACUCUCGCUUGUAACAAAUGCAAAAGGGGAAGUUGUGGAAAGUCUUUUACCUGUUCUAGACAAUUUUGAUAGAGCUAAUACUCAGAUCAAGGUAGAGACAGAGGGAGAGGGUAAAAUUAACAACAGCUACCAGAGCAUAUCCAAGCAAUUUUCGGAGGUUCUAGGGUCCCUUGGUGUUGUGCCUGUUGAAACUACUGGAAACCCUUUCGAUCCCAUGCUGCAUGAGGCCAUUAUGCGUGAAGAUUCUGACGAAUUUGAAGAAGGCAUUAUACUUCAGGAAUUUCGCAAAGGGUUCUUACUCGGUGACCGACUCUUACGGCCAUCAAUGGUUAAGGUAUCUGCCGGUCCAGGGCCUGCAAAAUCUGAAUCAGUGCAACAGUCGGAGGAGUCGGAGGAAUCAGAGGAUGUUAUUGAACCAAAAGAAGAAGACAGCUCAGAACCAACAAGCACUGAGGAUUAGUAGCAAUCACAACUGCAUUUUUGUACAAGUAGAUGUUGUCAUACUCGAUUAUUAUCUUGCUUGGAAUUAAAAUUUCUGCGAUGAGCCAACAGAUCAUCUCAGAGGGAAUAGAAGUUAUAGUGUUUGAAUUGAAAAGCAUAUUACAAGCUAGUUGGUACUUGGAAGUUAUCUAGGUAAUGAUAGCUUUUCUGACAUUCUUCGUUGUGAUGCGAACUGGGAAAAUUUCUGUUGCAGUGUCUGGUUAUCUGACCACAACACUAUUUUAUAUACACAAACAUGUUGAUGUUCUUGUCA